UUCAGACCUAAAGUCAGUUUAUUGCUGAACUUUGAUCUUUAAGACAGUGAUCAUCAGCUCCAUGUAAUACACCCUUCAUAUUUCACUGUGCAUGUCACUGCAUGAGGACCCACUAUGAUCAGGUUUUCUGUUCUCGUCUGCCUAUCAGUGCUGCUGUUCAGCACGUCAGCCAAGCCAUACAGGUCCAUGGAAAAAGUGUUGGGCAAAUCAGUUCAGGACACUGAAGAUUUUGAUCAUCCCAAUGGAAAGAUGAUCCUGGGAAUGAAGGAGGUGGAGCCACCACAGGACAUGGACGUUACAGAUUUUGACAUCGAUCCCAACAUGUUGACCUGGAAAGCCAUAAAAGAAGAAAUACAGCAGAAAUAUGACAGACCUGAAGAGGAUAAAGAUGCUCUCUACCACUCCCUUGACAUAAAACCUCCAGCUGAUGCAAAACAGCCUGAAAACUACUUUCAGCCACUGGGACACGGUCAGGUACGGACGUAUGACAAACCAGAAGAAGAUAGGGACGAUUUAUACCACGGCAUGCUUGUUGUAGCUGAAGAGCCAAUGAGAGAAAAGAAGGAUGUAAUUGGAGGUAAUGUCAGGCCCAUCUACUCAAGCCCUGAAGAGGACAAAGACGACCUGUACCACGCAGCUGUUAAAGGACAUCAGUCUGACCAGCAAGCUCCGAGGGUGAAUUUAUUCCCCAUUCGCCCCAAUAGGGUGUACACAGAGCCAGAGGUAGACCUGGAUGACCUUUAUCAUAAGCAAUGAUAAGAUAAGUCAUGUCAUGUCUAAAUGACUGCAAUACUAGACGCUAAUUCAUUAUGUGUAGUUUGAAUUAAAUGCUCUCUAAGUUUUUAAGUCUUAAAAUAAAAUGUGUUUUUAUGA